CGCCAUACAAACGGACGUCCACUUAGUCUCCGUUAGGGUCAACGUAGAGUGGAUUUUCUCUCAUUCACGCUGGUCUCCGGUUCCAGGACGCAAUAUAGCGAACAAAUAUGUCGGUGGACGAAGACCAAGGACAAAUUCUCGAAGAUGAGUUGCAGGCUAUUCCCUUUGCAAAAGUAUCGGCUACAGUCAUCAAACGGCGACCGGAGGAGCAGGAACCUUGGCAUGUACCUUCCCCUUUCGCCAAUCGACUUCCGGGUGCAUUCCGCAACCCGGGAGUAUUCCAUCCUUACUAUCGGGAAUUUGCCGGGUCUCCAGGCCGUUCGUCAGUCGUAAACCACGUCCCUCAUGAUACCCGAUCGAUACACUCGGAAAUAGUGUCUGUAGCGAGUCCGCCCGUGCCAGGACGAUCAAGCGCGGCUCUGAACUCCAAAUUCGAUCGCAUGCAGCAACAACUGGAAGAUCUGGCGGACGAACUCGUCUCCCCAAGGCGACCCAAACCGAAAUCUCGCAACGCGAGGGACGGAAAACCUACAUCAACGCCGGUGAGCGAUUUUGCUGAUGAGCAAAGAUUGAAGUAUCAACGGGGAACCAGCUUGGGGAAGAAGUUUACGACCCUUUUACAAAGCCGGAAAGAUGGCGGAAGGGAAGCCGAUGCUGCUGCCGAGCAUAAACAUCAGUUGAGAAAAGAAGACAAUUUCUUUGGGCGUCAGAAAGCGAGCACGGUAGCGACCCAAAGCAGAGCGAGAGAGAUUUCGGAGGAACCGAUGAGAUCGGGGUUCUCUGACACAGCUUCUAUAAGAAGCGGCGCGGAUUUCUUCGCCCCGAACCAUGAACAGGGAUUUCAACUUUACGCACGUGGCACUCCAACAUGGAUGUCGCGCGUACAGGAAGUUGCAUCUCCCACUUGGGAUUCAUGGCCAACGAUUGAGGAGCAGGAUCUCUUCUCUUGGCCGGACCGACCGUUUGCCUCCUUAUCGCCGCAAGCUCCUCGUCGUCCGGAAACCCCAGCCUCGUCCCACCGUCUCCAACCGGGGGCUCAACCCUUCCCGGCGACAAACUUUUUCGCUCGUCAGCUCCAAGCUUUAGGGUCAGAUCUGCAUCUCCCAUUCGCUCCUACACCAAAUCAACUACCGGUGGAUCCUCGCUUGACCUUCAACAACCACGCUGUACAAGACGACUAUGCUGCACACGACGACCAAUAUGCGGAAAACUACUUAGGGACGUCACAUAUUGUGCCCGACUCCACUUCACCCAUUGCAGAGGAUGCUAACGACGACGACUUGACCGAGGUUGAUCAAUCUGACGGGCAAGCUAAAUACGUACCCGCGACUAUCACAAAUGGCGACUUGGCCGCCAUGAUGCGAUCCAAACAGUUGACCACAAGACAGUGCAAAAGAGACGAUGAGCUCAGUCUGCCCAUGCAGAGCAACACCAUGCUUAGCGUCACCGAGCAUCGCCGUCCCUUCAACGAUGUUAUGCAGGCGCCGAACGAGGAAGAGAUGAGUGUCGCAUUGCCGCGAGGCGCUCCACUCCCACAUGCCGCUUCUCCGGAUUCGUUUGACAUGGACAGUGACCUUCCUCUCGAUGAGCUCAAUCACCUCGACCAGAUAAUCAGUGCGGCAGCACUUCCCGAGGACGCCCAAAGCCUACCCGUUGACAGAGCCUUUUCGCAAACCACAAUUGAUCCCUACGACAUUGAGAAUGACUCGUUACUCGUUUUUGAAGAAGACCUACUUCACAGCAGCUUCAGCCACAACGGAAUUCUCUUCACCGACGUUGCUGAGACCGCUUCUCCACCAAGCUUGGUCGCCAAGGUUGGACCGUCAGAGGCGAAUCGGCAGCAAACCUCAAACCUCACUCCGGAGAACACCCCUUUGGCCAAGCAGAAACGGGCAUGGCACACUACCAUGGAGGCUUUGAGUCCGUAUCCGACCACCGUUGAACGGCACAAGGGUUCGAACCGUUUCGGGGAAUGAGAUGUACCCUUCGCCGCCUUUCGAACCGUUUCGGGGAAUGAGAUGUACCCUUCGCCGCCUGGAAUCGACGACGGUGUCAAUGGUGGACGUAGGAGCGGAUGAGGGGUUGACUUGCGUAGCUUUCGAAUUCGUUGGGUGCGUUCUGAAUCCUUCGUACAGAGGGGGUGCCCUAUUAGGAGUUGUGCAUGAGGAGACUAUAUAGAUAUGCUUUCAGCUUCAUUUCUUUCCAC